AUGUUGUGCAUGGCGCGGGCACUGCUCCGCCAAGCGCGCAUCGUCGUGAUGGACGAAGCCACGGCGGCCAUCGACCACGAGACGGACCAGAACUUGCAGCGCGUGAUCCGCACCGAGUUCGAGUCGUCGACGGUGCUCACAAUCGCCCAUCGUCUGGACACGAUUCUGGACUCCGACCGCAUUCUCGUAUUUGACCAAGGCAGGUUGGCCCAAUGCGACACCCCCGCUGUGUUGAUCGGGGCGGGCUCGGGCAUCUUCUUUGAAUUGUGCCACGAGGGGUGUUAUUUAGACAAAGUCAUGGGGCCCUCCUGCCUCGUGGGUGCACUGAAGCAUUGGAACCCAAAGAAUUCCUUCGAUUGCACAACUGCCAUCAAAUACCAGAUCUUGUCGGUGGGGGAGCUUGUACUAAACAUCGGCACAGAGUUUGCCGCCAGUUUGGCCAAGGUGCUCAAAGGCCCGGCGGACCCGGCCAAGCUCGUCCAGUUGACGAAGGCGUGGAACGCCAUCAAAACCAAGCCGUUGGUCGAAACGGCUAUGAAAGUCUACAAUGCUGCCAAUCGAGGCAAAACCGGCUACCAUGACAUCGAAGAACUCGAGCAGGCCAACUCCACCAAAGAAGACUACGUGCGUAUCGCAGCCUUGAUCGCGUCCCUCUUGGACCCCAGCGGUGUCUCAGGUGUCAUUGCGGCCCACACGUACUCCACUUGCGACAAAGAGCGGAAAAUACCACGACCUGUUCGCUAA